UUUUACCAAAGCUAAACAGCGGUUUCGACAAGUGUCGUCAACACUUGGAGAACGAGUGAUGAAUAUUUCAUCUUCCGCUCGACGAAGAGCCCUACCUCAACAUGGCUCUUGGACCUUUUGAUUCCAGGGCCAAGCGAUCGCGGUGUUUGUGUUGUGCCGAGAGUCAUUUGAAGUGUUCUAGGGAAUUUCCUUGUAAGACUUGCGUACGUCGGAAUCUGGUCUGCAAGUAUCCGGGCGACUCAUCCAUACAGACCAUCACAUUGGAUCUUGGACAGCACAAAACGUCUAUGCACUAUUCCAAUUCUGUUACCAACAACGCUCAGGUAGCCUAUAAUCACCUACCACCUCUGACACAGUCUCCUUCUUCUGAUUCAACCCACCGUUAUAUACAUUACUUUGGUCUUUUUGUUCAAAAAAAUACCUUCAACCCCCAAUGUCUAUCGUACGAUGCCAGUAUCAAAAGCUUGCUUGGGACACGGGGUGCCUGCCCUUUAGUCCAAGCUGUCUUGGCUAUCGGCGCUCUAGAAGCUUCAAAAGUUGAAGUUAAUCGGCCAAAAGAAUUUUCGAACUAUACUUCAGAUGUCCAGUUCAGUCUGAACUCAUACUCACGUGCUAUUAUCACACUCCGGGACUACAUAGAUUCUCUUGAAACCCCCUCGCGAAUCCAGGUUUUAUGGACAACAUUGCUAUUAGGAUUGUUUGAACUAAUGCACGACCCAACGGGCAAUGGCUGGAUCAAACAUAUGGUCUACGGUACAUCGAGAGCUGUAGAAGCUGCAGGCCCCGAGUUUUUUCGUACCGAGCCUGGUAAAAGUUUCUUCUCCCAAGUGCGGAUAUUUGAAACUUGUAGGACGAUUGUAUUCAAUGAGACCACGUUCCUCACCCGCUCUGAUUGGGCGGCUUUGUCCUUUGGAUCGAGGGAGGCAAACUUCGCUUCGCCGCAGCAUCCACUUGAAAGUCUUCUGGACAUCAUCACGAUGUGUGCCAAGCUGAGCGCAGGAGCCGGCAACCUUAUCGAUACUCUCGACCAGCUAGACCCAGUCACGGUCAACGAGACAGCGAACGAUCUAGCCCUUGAAGGUCACCGUCUGCGUCGGAAUCUCCUACUGUGGAACGUAACGAAUUCACAAAUGUUGAACAACAGUUCUGUCUCGAACAAGUUCGAAGAUCGCUUCCCUGUGGACAGCAUAGCUGUUCUUAUAAAUGCCUUCUUUUCAGCAGUCAGUAUUUAUCUCUCGGGAAUAUUCGAUUACAACAUAUAUAUAUGGAACGACUUGGGUAUCCCAACUCCUACACUUACUGAAGAGGACAUCCAAGCUCACGUUCGCAUCAUACUACAUUCAACGAGGUGUGGCCUAGAGCGGACGAGUUUAUCACAUCUACUUCAUCUGUUCCCUCUCAGGGUCGCUGGGGCACGAUGCACCACCCCUUGGCAGCGUGAGGAAAUUUUGGCGCUCUUGAGGAAUGCCAAAUCAAGUUUUUCAGCAACGGAGGCGUUUGAAACAGAACUGACAAUGCUGUGGCGUAUGAAUCCACGAUUGCCUGCCUAAGCCCCUCAUAUGACAGAGACAUGAUGAGCAACGUGGUUGAUUGCUUGCACUAUGCAAUACUAGCCUUCUUAUAUCGUUACAUCUUUUCUGGUCCCCUUUCAGCUUGACUGUAUGAAUGUGACUUCAACAUGUAACACUGGCAUUCUCUCAUACUACUUCUUCCUGAUACACGGAUACACGCCAUGGAAGAUCCUAUAAUCGAGAAUGGGGUGGCCGCCAUACUCGAUCGAGAAUGUUGUGUCAUUUUGCCAUCGAUAACAGAUAUGUGUGGGGCCUUUUGGUAUAUCCAACUGAGUACUUUCGAAUAGGUUGGUUCAUAUUGUAGAACUGAACAUGGGGGGUUUGGACUUGCUUUGAGAUACGAAACUACGGAGGUUGGAAAUAGUCUAAAGGUUAGACUGCGCUUCAUGACUUAGGCUUUCAAUUGAACAGAACUC